AAGAUGACGUCACUUCUGGGAAAGUACGGAUAGUAGCACUUCAAGAAAACUAGUGCUGUGGUGCUGGCAAGGGAAUGUUUUUCUUUCUUUUUUUUAGACUUAUUGUAGUGGAAGCUCUAAGGUACUUUUUCGUAACUACAAAAGUCUUUCCAGUUGUCUUGAAAAGUGUCAUCGAGAUGGUGGCGUUCGGUAUACGCAGUGACGUUGGACUUUUGUUAUGAAAAGGUGUUUGUAUACAUCAUUGUGGAAGGCCUGAAGUUUUGAGAAGGAGAGGUUUAAACAGAUAUUUACACACUAGUGGGCCCAUUUUAUCUUACUGGAUUUACAAGCCACAUCGCAAGGACUUCUGAAAGUGACGCAUCUGGAAUAUCAUCUGUAGCAUUGUGUUACUUAGUAGAUUAGAAGCUGCCAGUAGGUGAUGAAAUACUGAUGAAAUAACAAUACAGCACAAAACUAUGGAUAAGCCCCCAUUUCGUCAGAUUCAGUCAUGUGGAAAAUGGGAAAUGAAGGACAGACUGGGAACAGGGGGAUUUGGCAAUGUUUAUCUAUAUCAAAAUGAGGAAACAAAUGAAAAAAUUGCCGUCAAGUCAUGUCGAUUGGAGUUAAAUGCAAAAAAUAAAGAGAGAUGGUGCCAUGAAAUCCAAAUAAUGAAAAAGCUGAAUCAUCCUAAUGUAGUUACAGCUAGGGAAGUACCAGAAGAAAUGAAGAACAUUUCCUUUAAUGAUCUGCCUCUGUUGGCUAUGGAAUAUUGUUCAAAAGGUGAUUUAAGAAAAUUAUUAAAUAAACCGGAGAAUUGUUGUGGACUGAAAGAGAGUGAAGUUCUGUCCUUACUUAGUGAUGUUGGUUCAGGCAUUCAGUACUUGCAUGAAAACAGGAUUAUUCACAGAGACCUAAAGCCAGAAAAUAUAGUACUUCAGGACAUUAAUGGAAAGCUGGUUCAUAAAAUAAUUGACCUUGGUUAUGCUAAAGACCUUGAUCAAGGAAGCCUUUGUACGUCAUUCGUAGGAACUUUACAGUACUUGGCACCGGAGCUAUUUGAAAAUAAACCCUAUACAGUGACAGUAGAUUACUGGAGUUUUGGUACAGUGGUGUUUGAAUGCAGCUGUGGUUUCCGGCCUUUUUUACACAAUCAUCAACCAGUGCAAUGGAAUAAUAAAAUUCGUAACAAAGGUCCAAAGGACAUAAUGGCUUGUGAAGAUAUGUUCGGAGAAAUCAAAUUUUACACCCACCUUCCUGAUACUAAUAACCUGAGCAAAGCAAUCAUUGACCCUUUAGAAAACUGGCUACAGCUAAUGUUAAGGUGGGAUCCUGUACAAAGAGGAGGUGGCUUAAACUCUGAGCCCAAGCGGCCUCAAUGCUUUUUCCUUUUGGAUCAGAUAUUGAGCAUGAAGGUGGUGCACAUCUUGAAUAUGACUUCUGCCAAAGUCCAUUCGUUUCAGUUGGUCUCUGAUGAAAGUCUACAUUCUCUUCAGUUACGGAUUACAAAAGAAACAUUAAUCGUUCCACUUAAUCAGGAAUUACUACUGGAAACAGGAAUUUCACUUGACCCAAGGAAACCUGCAUCACAAUGUGUAUUAGAUGGAGUGAGAGGCUGGGAUAGCUAUAUUGUUUACUUGUUUGACAGAAGUCUUACUGUGUACCUUGGACCUUUUGCUGACCGUAAACUCCCGGAUUAUGUGAAUUAUAUUGUGAGGGAAUCCAAAAAACAGUUUCCUAUUAAAGCACUGAGAAAAGGUUGGGGAGAUGCUGUAGGUUAUAUCUGUGGUCUUAAAGAAGAUUACAGCAGACUUUUUCAAGGACAGCGCGCAGCAAUGUUAAGCCUUCUGCGGUAUAACACUAACCUUACACGAUUCAAGAAUUUGAUGUUUUCAGUCUCUCAGCAAUUAAAGGCAAAGUUGGAGUUUUUUAAGAGUAGCAUUCAGUUUGACUUGGAGAAAUACAGUGACCAGAUGCAGUAUGGAAUAUCUUCUGAAAAGAUGUUAAAGGCAUGGCAAGAGAAUGAAGAGAAAGCAGAUGCCUUUGCACAGGUUGCAGAGGUCAGCCACUUAGAUGAAGAAAUCAUGUCUCUUCAUUCAGAAAUAGUUGAACUUCAGAGAAGUCCUUAUGCAAGAAGGCAAAAUGAUGUCAUGGAAGAGCUUGAAGAAAAAGCUAUUGAAUUAUACAAGCGUCUAAAAGAGAAAUGCAAAGAAUCCCAGCCUGGUUAUAGUGACAGUUCAGAUAUGGUGAAAGUCGUUAUACAGGCAAUUCAGAGUCAAGAGAAGGUGUUAAAGGACCUUUUUUCUCAUUUAAGUAAGAUUCUUUCAAGCAAGCAAAAAAUAAUUGAUUUGUUUCCAAAAAUUGAAAAAGCUCUCGAAAAUAUCAAGGAGGCAGACAACAGUGUAAUGCAAAUGCAAGCAAAGAGGCAAAGAGAAUUCUGGCACUUGUUAAAAAUUGCUUGUGCUCAAAGUUCAACUCGACCAAUUCCAGCUCCAGUCCCUGAACCCUCCAGUUCAUCACAGAUGUUGCAGUGGACCCAGCAAGGGCAUGCACCUCAUCCCCUCUCUUCCCUAUCUAGGCCAAGUGAAAGUGACACUGUGACACAUUUACUUCAAGAAAACCAGAAGUUCCUGAGUCAGUUAACAGGUUUGAUUCAGGAAGAAGAGGAACAAACAAAGAGUAUAAUGGAUCAAGAUUGGUCAUGGACAAAAUCUGAACCAGUAUCUGUAUAGACAACAUAAUUGAGUAUUUGUUUUAAAAUUAAAUUUACUUUCUUGUAAAUAUAUUUUUUCAGUACUGGUUAAAAAUAAGUAUUUAUUAGGUUUAAAAAUUGAAAGAUUCUCACACUAAACAUUAACAGUAGAAUUCUCAUUUAAUCUGUAAUUACUGUGAAAAAUAGUUUUGAGAGUAUUAUAUAAAAAAUUGAUCCCGCUUUCACAUGGUUAUUGUUUACAUCCUUGUUUUUUUUAAUGUAUUUUGAUUAUUCAUAUUUCAUGUGUCAUUAAUAUAAUUUAAAGGCAGUCAAAGCUAUUUUUAAGACCACAAUAUUUAGACAUUUAAGAAAUAAAAAGGUAAACUUUUACAUUUAGGUGUAAAUUAAUUGUGAUGGUCUGUUCUGUUUGGUUUUUUUUUUUAGCUGGUGAAUUUCUUACAUUUAUGAAUUAAGCAAGCAGCAAAAUGAAAAUGUCUCGUUUUGCUGCCACUUAAAAUGUCAUAAAUUAAGACUGAAAUUGCAACAACACUAUUACAGUAAUUUUUUGCUUUUUUUGAUGUUUUUUAAGUUACAUGUAGCAAGGUAUGCCUCCAUACACCCCCUGUGCCUUGGAAUACUGUACAUGCAAUAGUCACUUCGCUUUUUUAUAUUGAAUUAUAGCAUACGUGUUUUCAUUGUAAGGAAAGCAAAAACAUACAAUACUGAAAAAAAUCUAUAAGUAUUAAGUAUUUUGUAUCAUAAUUUUAGUGGAUUUUAAGUUUCUUUUAAAGUAGUGAAAAGAUCUACUGAUUUUGUCAAACUUUUAUUCUAGUACAUUACAUCAAGCAGGUUUAAAUGGUGCUGCUGAUUGCUGUUUUAUUUCAUUGUGUAUUUAGAGCUUUAUGAUGCUCUCGUGUUGAAUGUGUUUUGUUUAUAAUGUAAAAUAGAUUUUAUUUGAAAAUUUUUCAUUGCCUGUAUAGUAUAGAACCAACUGUGUAUUUAUAAUUUUGCCCCUACCAAAGUGAAGAGCAGAAUGUCUACAAGUGCCUGUUUUAUCCAUCUACUUCAUGUUAUAAAUUUAAUUUUCUGCAAAAUUGUGACAUUACCUUUAAAUAAUGUACCCCAUCUGUAUAUUUUGGUGUUUGUGUAUUCAUUGUAACUUUGGUGUUUAAUUUCAUUUUAUACCACAGAACUGUGUGGAGUACUAAUAAAGAAAUAAGACAUGCUUGAUA